AUGAUGUCUGAUCUGCAGCCUCUUGUUCUUUAUGCUUUUGCGCCUUUUGCAGCUUCUGCAAACCCAUGGAAGGUGGCGUUCAUCCUCGAAGAGCUUGGCCUUCCAUAUCGAUUUGAGAAAAUUCUAGCAGCAGAUACAAAACAACAAUCUUUUCUUGCAAUGAAUCCUAAUGGCAAGGUCCCAGUACUCAGAGAUCCAAAUAAUGAGAAUAUAACAAUAUGGGAGUCUGGUGCCAUCAUUGACUAUCUUGUCGAUAUUUACGACAACCAUCAUAAGCUGCACUACGCCUCUGGCCCAGAAAAACACUUGACACGUUGCUGGGAGCAUUUUCAGAUGAGCGGCCAAGGACCUUAUUUUGGGCAGAUGGUUUGGUAUACCACGUUCCAUCACGAGAUCCUCCCUUCUGUUAUAGAGCGAUAUAGUGAUGAGAUAAAACGUUUUCUUGGAAUCAUUGACGCGCAUCUUCGCCGUCAAGGCACAGACUAUCUAGUCGGAGAUCGGGUGACCUACGCAGACAUCAUGUUCUUGCCCUACUGCAGAGGCCUGGCAACUGUUAUUUACCCGGAACUAGACACAUCUCAGUGGAAGAACUACAGUGCUUGGAUUAGCCGCAUAUCGGAAAGGCCAGCUAUUGCAGGUGCUCUUAAAACAAUGGACGAGGCGGUGUUACAGCAUAAGGAGUACCUUACGUCGGUUGCUAAGCAGAAAUAG